UAGCGCGUAUAAUUUGAACACUCCAUUUCCAGGGCCCAUGUGAGCGAAACAUUGACACCCUGCCCACCCCCAAAUCUCUGAAUCGCGAAAACCCUAAACAUUUCGUCUCUCAGUUUAAUCCAAUCAGAUUUUCACCCACCAUGAAGCUCCUUGAAUCGAAGAACCGAACAGAGUCAUCUGAAAACCUUUCACAUUGCGUUCCACCGCAAAAGAAAACUAGGGAUUUGCCCAACUUAACUGAAUGCCAUGGUUGUGGCUUCAAGGUUGACGUUUGCACUGGUAAGAACAGGCUCCGAACCCUUUAUAGCGAAUGGCGUGUAGUUCUUCUCUGCAAAAAUUGUUUUUCCUCUGUUGAAUCUUCCCAAAUUUGUUCCUAUUGUUAUUCUGAAAUGUCUUCCGAGUCUUUUCGUUGCGUCCAGUGUCAGCAUUCUGUGCACAAAAGUUGUUUCUUAAAGUACAAGCACGCUGCUCCGUGGUCCUACGCAUGUUUGGGCUCUGAUUUUUCUGUUUGUGUGGAUUGUUGGAUUCCUAAACCCUUGGCAAUUUCUAGAAGAAGAAGAAAAAGGAAAAGAGUGAAGAGUGGGGUGGUUGAGAAAAAGGGUAGAAUUAUGCUAGAUAAAGGGUGUUCUAGGGUUUUGCGGGGAGGAAAUUUGGUGAGGUCUAUGGAGGAUGUGGUUGAAGAUGCUAACCGUGCUGUGGAGGAGAAGGUUGAAGCUGCUGCUAGGGCUAGAGAUGAGGCAAUGAAGAAAGCUGUGGUGGCUAAAAGAGCUGUUGAGCUGGCAAACAAUGCUUUGAGUAUAGUAGCAAAUAGGGAAGAGAGCAGUCUGAAUCUGCCUCCCAAGAUGGAUUCUAUUAAGGUUCUUGAUGGUUCUGAGUUGACUUUUGAGUUGCAUCCACAUUUGGAUAACUUGCCAAAGAUUUCCAACGGUUGCUUUUUAUUGAAUACAAGUUACUUGGAUACUCCAAAGAGGUGGGCUUCUAGUGUUGAUUCAUCCUGCAAGACGUCUGACUCAAGGAAUGCUAGUGCUAGUGAUAAGCAUGAAGUAUCCAAUGAUAAUAAGCUAUUGGAUGACUUCUGUAAAUCUUUAUGCAGCAAGCCUCUGAUUUCUGUAGGGUCUUUGGACAGUGAUUCUUCAACUGAUCUGAGUCUUCUCUGCAUGGGCAGAAGUGGCAUGAAAACUGGUUCAAAAAAUGGUGAGCACUCUACUGAAUUUGAUGUUGAAGGAAUUGGGGAAGAGCUGCUGAAGGAAGGGGAGGGUAGUUGUUCUGAUCGACUGAUAAACUUCAGUGAAGAUAGUGGCAUAGAACUUGAUCGCAAGCAAGCAGAUUCUUCUGCACUGCACAGGGAAGAGAGAUGCAAUGGGCGACCAGAUCGCUAUUUCUUGAAGUAUAGUAGAAGAAAUUGUGGUUUAAAACCAAAUCUAGAUUGUAAGAUUUUAGACGGACAAGACUCAAGAUGAAUGCAUAUUCUAAAAGUUAUAUCAUUUCUGUUGGGCAGCUUUACAAUGGAUGGGAAUGUUUUAGUAGUUCUUCUGUUGGCUGUAUGUUGUAGUAUGGAGGUGUUGUUUUCAACACAUUUGUUAAUAAUGUACUAUACCGGUGCUACUGUACCGGUGCAGCAUGGCCAUCUGCUGCCACAGGGCGUUUGUCACGUUGCAAUGGUUGCGGAUGGUUUGUGACCAAAACAUGUAGAAGUUCGCGUGUGCUAUCAGGCAAUUUUGGGGAAAUCAGUCAGGACUUCAACAAGCGGUUUCUCCCCUUUUCACCAACUCACCCAUUCCAUUUUACCAGAGAAAUCAGCUUGUCUAGAGGCUCAUCCGCAUCAUUUUGCUGGAGAAAUCAGCUUUUUUAGCUCCUCUUCUCCUCCGGCAUCUCCUCUGCUUUUUGUUCACCAAAGAAAUCAGCUUUUCUAUCGUCUGCUUUGCUUUUCUUUUUGAGGUCUGUUAUACUGUUCACUGAUCACUCUUGCUUGAAGCUUUAUUUUGCUAUUCAUCUUCUAAUUUGUUGUUCAAGCUCUAUUUUGAUCAUGCUCUGCUUUUUUGUUCACACAUUACUUUACUAUUCAUGACUUCAUGCCUUGAUUUGCUGUUCAUGUUCACGUUCAUUGUUCACACUUGUUACUUGGAAAGUCAGGACUUGAACAAUCCAUGCUUUGUUUGUUGUUCCAAACUUCUAGUCCCCCUUCCAUGGCAUCUUCCUCACAAGACAGAAGCAAGGAGCUUCUACAAUUGCUGUUUGUGGCUUGGUGAAGUCCACUGGAAAAAAUAUUGACAUUGUUUGGCAAUGGAAGAGCCAUAAAGAUAUUAACAAUAAAAGAUAGUGUUACAUGUGACUUUUGUUUAAAAACCUCAACAAGGGGGAUAAGGGGAAUAUGAGUGCUUUCAUUGGAGAUUAAGAAGAAACUCGUUAAAGCAUACCAACAAAAAUUGGUUGAAAAUGAAGAAGAUAGAACUAUUGAAUUGAAGGAAGAUGAAGAUGAGGAGGAAGAGGUUCAAGAAAUGCACUUUGUUCGGGUUGGAAAAAGAUCUACAACUGAAUCAAUUAGUAUUGGUUCAGCUGCGAAAAAGGGAAGAAAUCCAAAAGACCCUUUGGAUUUGCUACUCAUGAAGAAGUCAAAAGCAUCAAUUUAAUUGGAAAAAGUUCAAAGGCAAACAAACAUCAAGGAUGCUUGUGACGAAAAAGCAAGGGCAAUGGUAAUUCAAUACAUUCCAAAAUUUUUCUAUAGAAAUUCAAUCUCAUUUAAUGUUGUGAAGUCUAAAAGCCAAGUUCAUAAUCGAAGCAAUUUGAAAUUAUGGUUCACACCUAAACCACCAAACUAUUAUGAAAUGAGAAUUCCUUUGUUGAAAAAGGAAUUGGAACUAACAAAGGAGAUUAUGAAACCUUUGGAGGUAAAAUGAUUGAACUUUGAUUGCUCUAUUAUGUCAAAUGGAUGGUCAUAUAGAAAAAAUACGACAUUGAUUAAUU